CCCAGGAAGAAGAAGAGCCAGACACGCGCACGGCCACCGCGCGGCCGCCGUCGACACAUAAAAUCCGCCCGCCCACGGCGCGCAGACGAAAGACGGCAGCGGCGCUCCUCGGUUCCGUCCGUCCAGAUCAUACCCGAGUUGCUGCUGCUGAAAUGGGCAGCACGGAAUCCCCAACGCCCGUGCAUGCUCCUGUGUGCUCGAUUGUGCCCAGCAGCUCCUGCCACUGACCCGAAGCCGAAGAAGAAGAUAUGCUGCGCUUGCCCUGACACCAAGAGGCUCAGAGAUGAGUGCAUCGUCGAGUACGGGGAGUCUGCGUGCACCAAAUGGAUCGAAGCUCACAGGCAAUGCCUCCGUGCCGAGGGGUUCAAGGUCUGAUUCUUCUCUACUCCCCUCAGGAUGUUGCAUUUGCUUUCAUGGAUUUUGCAGAUCAUGCUAUUUUAGAUUCAGUUAGAGUAGUCGCCUUGUUUUGCAAUGUUGUUCCUGUACGGUUAGCGAGCUCGAUAUGGAUUUCCAUGGGAGAUAAAUUACUGAUAGUGCGACUUUAUGGGUCAUUUGAGAAAUGUUCUUGGUGUUUAUUUUGU